AUGACUGCUCCUGCCCCGUCGCGUUUCAGGCCUCUUCCCGACCCACCACCAUGUAAGCUUUUUUGGUUUGAAUCUCUCUCUCCCACCAUUCCGCCGGACCCACCUGACCCUCCCGACGCUUCCUCUGUUCUCGCUCUGUUUCAAUUCCUCAACGCCGCCGCCAGCCUUUCAUCCCAUGCGUUUCCCAAAAUCCAAGAUCUGGAGUCUCAUUCGCCAAUUUUGACGAGUAAGAUGAGAGGCGGAGACACUCAUCACUUGUCUGUUGGUGUCUCAUCUUUUGUCUCUGGGCGUCGAUGUACUGCUGGAUGCAGUUUGUUAUACCACCGGCGCACAGUGUGGUCUCCUUUUCGAUCAUGUCCUGAUGUUCUCUUCCAGGUUUGCCUCUGCGCUUCACUCUCGGUUCAUUAUUCUGUUGAAUGGUAUGAAACACGGGUUGUAUGGGAGGCACUAGAUAUGUGGAUCCUGGUCUUAAUUUGUGAUGUUCCGAUGGAGUCUUUCUCCUUGGAUUCUACUCUUGUGCUCAUUGAAGAAACACUAUCUAUGAUAUUCCUUCUGUUGAAGCCGGUUGAGACGAGUACUUUUCUCUUGGGUGUUUCCUGUCUGGAGCAGUCUAUUUUCCUAAUAUUUCCUCAUGUAUGGAGCGAAUUGGAUGAACAAGCAUUGCUGGUAUUGCAAGGAUUUUCCUCCCAGCUAGUGCAUUUUUCUGCCUUUGAGGCAGUGAUUGUGACCCUUUGGGUUACACUGGACGCAAUUUGUCAGAAAGCCUAUGAAAUUGUUGUUAUGCAGUUUUUAUGGCAUUCUUUUUAUAAUGGAAGUAUGGUUUGA